AUGCCCGACUUUACAGAGGCGGAUACCAUCCGCAUUCUGGUUGCGACAGACAACCACGUCGGCUACGAAGAGCGAGACCCAAUCCGCAAGGAUGACAGUUGGAAGACAUUUGACGAGAUUCUGAACCUCGCAAAGAGUCAAGAUGUCGACAUGGUGUUGUUGGGCGGCGACCUCUUUCACGACAACAAACCCUCCCGAAAGUCCAUGUACCAGGUCAUGCGCAGUCUUCGGAAGAACUGCCUCGGCAUGAAGCCCUGCGAGCUCGAGUUCCUCAGCGAUGCGAACGAAGUCUUUGAGGGUGCGUUUCCCCACGUCAAUUACGAAGACCCUGAUAUCAACAUCUCCAUCCCCGUCUUCUCGAUUCACGGAAACCACGACGACCCCAGCGGCGAGGGCCACUUCUGCUCUCUGGACUUGCUCCAAGUGGCUGGCUUAGUCAACUACUUUGGCCGUAUUGCCGAGGCCGACAACAUCGAGGCGAAGCCGGUGCUGCUGCAAAAGGGACAGACAAAGCUUGCGCUGUUUGGGUUGAGCAACGUCCGUGAUGAGCGCAUGUUCCGUACCUUCAGAGACCAUAAGGUCAAGUGGUUUCGGCCGGGCGUCCAGCAGUCGGAUUGGUUCAACCUGCUCACUGUUCAUCAAAACCACCACGCCCAUACAGCAACAUCAUAUCUCCCUGAGAACGUACUGCCCGACUGGAUGGAUCUCGUUGUCUGGGGUCAUGAGCACGAAUGCUUGAUCGAUCCCCAGCAAAACCCCGAGACGGGCUUCCAUGUCAUGCAGCCGGGUUCCUCGGUAGCGACGUCGCUCGUGCCGGGCGAGGCGGUGCCGAAACAUGUUGCCAUCCUGAACGUCACUGGGAAGGACUUUAAGGUCGAGAAACUGCCUCUGAAGACUGUCCGACCUUUCAUCACGAGAGAAAUUCAGCUGGCGACAGACCCGCGUUUCAAGGGCUUGCAUACCAAGAAGGACAACCGGCAGGAGCUCACCAAGAGACUAAUGGUGGUGGUCGAGGAGAUGAUCCAGGAGGCAAACGAGGAGUGGUAUGCCGUUCAGGACAACGACGAGGAGGAGCCCCCAUUGCCGUUGAUUCGUCUCAAGGUAGAGUACACCGCUCCCGAGGGUGGUCAAUACGACUGCGAGAAUCCUCAGCGGUUUUCAAACAGAUUCAUCGGCAAAGUGGCCAACACCAAUGAUGUUGUCUACUUCCAUCGAAAGAAGGCCGGUGCCUCUAGACGCAAUGCCGGCACUGACGUUCCCGAGAUGCUGGAGGAGACAUUGGGUCUCGACACUGUCAAGGUCGAGGCCCUUGUGCAGGAGUUCUUGAUGGCCCAGUCUCUCAAAAUCUUGCCGACGGCACCUUUUGGCGAUGCCGUUAACCAGUUCGUCAACAAAGACGAUAAGCACGCAAUGGAGGAGUUUGUCAGCGAGUCUCUGGCCGGGCAAGUGAAGCAGAUGCUCAGCCUCGACUCGGAUGAGGAAGAUCUCGACAACGCCAUGGAGGCAUAUCGAGCCAAGCUUGAGGAGCAAUUCUCAAAGGGCGCUCUGAAGAGAACAACGAAGCGCACCGUCAAGCCGAAGCCGGAUGAGUGGGAUUCGGAUCUGGAUGGCCACUGGGAGGAUCAACCCGGUGUGGUUGAGACCGAAACCGUGUCUCAAGCACCUGCCAGGUCACGAAGGGCACAAACACAGGAUGAUGACGACGACCUAAUGGACAUGGAGGAUGUGCCAGCCGCUCGUCCAGCACCCGCCAAGAAGACGGCCACCACCCGAGCUACAAAGCCGGCCCCGGCGAAGAAAGCACCGGCGAAGAAGGCGCCAGCAAAGAAGGCCCCUGCUCGAGGCCGCAAGAAGCCAGUGUUUGAGGAAGAAUCCGAGGAAGAGGACGUAGUGAUGGACGAUGAAUUCGAGGAACCGCCGGCGCCGACCCGCGCUAGAAGAUCUCAACCCGCGCGUGCGGCGCCAAAGGGCCGUCAGACGAAGCUCAACUUCUCGCAGGCUACGACUUCGCAGGCUGCGGUUGAGAUUAGCGAUGAUGAGAUUUCUGACGAUGAUGCCUUCGGGCCUGCGCCGACAACCACCCGUUCCAGACGGAGAUAG